GCCCCGCCCCGGGAACCCGAGGUGCAGGGGGCGGGGAUUGGCGGCUACGGCGGCCGGCAGGGUCCAAACCUCCCGCUGCGGCAGUUGUUUUCCAACGACGUGCUCGGCGCUCGGCUCCCCGCCCCUGUCAGGAGCGCCGAGUUGCUCGAUGGGACAGCAGCUGACGGCGCUUCUUCCUCCUCCUCCUCCUCGCGGUCAUUUCCGCGCCGGCCCUGGAAAGGAAGCAGGUGAGAAGCGCGAAGGGGCGUCGUGGGGCUGGGGAGGCCUGCGGGGCCUGCGGGGCUUCUGAGGGAGGAGGCCCUGCGAGCAGGCCGAGUGCAGGGAGGGAAGGAAGGAAGGGGCGCUGAGGUAAACCCUCCGAAGAGGAGGAGGCGGCGAGGCCGAGGGCCGUUGGCGGAGCCGGGCGGGAUGAGGGGCCUGCCGGAGGACGGGAGAGGAGGGGGCGCCGGGGGAAGCGAGGGGCCUUUGCCCCCGCCAUCCAUAGCGAGGGGAGGGGGAAACGCUGCUUUAUUAUUUAUUGCGUUUGUACACCGUCCGUCACCCGAAAGUCGCAACUGAAAACGACAAUAACAAAAAACCCCACGUCUUCUUUAUUUGUUUGUUUUGCGAAAUAUGUACACCACUUGACUGGAAAGGAAGGAAAGGGGGAAAAGCCUCAGCGCUUCACAAAAAAAAAUUGGUUCACAGUAAAAUCCGCAGCCCUACUUUAAAAGCAUACAAGAGUUUAAAAUGCUGGCACAGAUUAGAAUUACUUCGACUUUCUAAGCACCUGGGUAGUUCUUGUAUAAUCAGGAAUGUUUUUUCAAUUGGCAGGGAGUUCCAGAGUGCAGGCAGUGCCACACUAAAUGAGAUCAAGUUCUUACAAAUGUGGAAGGGGCACCUGCAGUAGUGCCAAUUCUGCUGCAACUGGCCUUUUUGAAGUUUUACAACAGGGACCUUUAAAAAAAUAAUCAAAGAUUAGGGAAAUGGGAAAAGAGUUAAAAGCAAGGCUGUAGGUGACUUGGGAAUGGGAGGUGGGUUUGGUGCAGUGGUUAGUCUUGUACUAGGACGUGGGAGAGACUGGGCUUCAAAUCUCCCCACUUGGUCCCCCAUGAAGCUCACCUUGCACCAUUCACUGCCUCUUAGCCUAACCUACCUCUCAGGGCUGUUGCGAGGAUAGAGCCACCUUGAGCUCCUUGAAGGACAGGUGGAAUAGAAACGCAGUAAAUAAAUAAGCUGUUGAAAGAAGGGGUGCUGUGAGACCCUUGAACCAGUCAAAGGAGGGCAGUCCUCCUAUUUAAAUAGGGAAAUGGGAUUCUUUGAGAUUGCAUAAAAGGGAGAUGAAGUGGGUGAUAUAGGACAAGAAAGGUGUGUGUAGAAGAGGAAUGGUUUAGAAGUCCUCUGAAGAGUGUAGGUUGAGGAAGGUUGUGGUAUGUAGUUCACCUACUUAAACUACUAAGAGUCCCAUCCAUUGUUCCACCUCUUUAUUUCCUCUGGCCAUGCCCAUAACUGGCAUGCAGCUCCCAGAAGGUUAUCCAGAAGGCGAAGCAAAUGUUCUCUGCCCCUAACAUAUGUGGUUAAUGUGUUGGAAUACAUUUAAGAAUGUAAGAAUAGCCUGCUGAAUCAGGCUGAAGGCCCGUUCAGUUCAGCAUCCUGUUCUUACAGUGACCAACCAGAUGCCUCUGGGAAGCCUGAAAGGAGGACCUGGGAGUUUCAUUACAGUGAAACCUCGGUUUUCGAACGUAAUCCGUUCCAGAAGUCUGUUCAAUUUCCAAAAUGUUUGAAAACCAAGGAUCAAAGGGCUGGAAGCAAAAUCCUCUAAAAAAAUGGAGAAAUACGCCUCGGAAGCCAUUCAAUUUCUGAGGCGCGUUCGAAAACAGAAGCAUUCACUUCCGGGUUUUUUGCGUUCAACUUAUGAAACAUUCAGCAGCCGAGAUGUUCGAAAACCAAGGUUUGACUGUACUAGGUUCAAAGGAAUAAUCUUCUGAAUAUUUAUUGCUGAGGGCACAUCAGUAAUUGGGCAGGGGGGUUGUGACUUUCAUGCCUUGCUCGGGGUCUUCCUGGAAGUAUGCUGGAAAUGGAGUGCUGGGGCAGAGGAAUCCAUGCUCAAAAAGCACUGCUCUUGUUCUUGGAAGCUUCAAAUAUUUGUGGGUACAGAAGUAACAGUGGGUUCUGUCCAACACUGUUGCCCAGCUGAUAGGAAGGAAUCUAUCAAUUCUUCUUCCCACCCGCAGCCCCAUGCUCUUCCCAUCCUCAGACAUGCUCUGGAGGGUUGGGGGACCCAUUAGUUUAGUUACACCAUUGGAUACAACCCCAAGGCUUCUACUGAAAUAGAUCUUGCUGUUUUAGGUUUUUGAAAUUGUGGGAUUGUGGCCAUACUUUUUAGCUACCUUUCCAAAAAUGUCAAUGAUUAAAAAGGAAUUGCUGCUCAUUACCUUCUUUAUGGGAUAAUACAGUGGACGCUCGGGUUGCGAACGUGAUCCGUGCGGGAUGCAUGUUCGCAACCCACAGUGGCGCGUCUGUGCACACGCGGGCUGCGAUUCGGCGCUUCUAUGCAUGCGCAAAGCGCGAUUUACUGCUUCUGCGCAUGUGCAACUGCCAAAACCCGGAAGUAACCCCUUCUGGUACUUCUGGGUUUCGGCGCAUUCGAAACCUGAAAAAACACAACCUGAAGCGUCUGUAACCCAAGGUAUGACUGUAGUUAUAGUAUUUAAAUACCUUUACCUGUUCCUUUGCCAGUCUUAUGACCAAUUCCGAUAAUAGUAAAAAUCCUAAAUCCUCUUUGCCACCUUAAAAAACCUUGGCUUUUUUAAGAGAUUAUAAUAUAGUGUUAUAAAAGGCAUUGGACACUUCUAAUGAUUUGUAUUAUUUUCCAUACAGGCAUCACUGUGGCCAGUCUUGUGACUGAGAAUGGAACCCCAACGAAAUUGAUUUUUUUUCACCCCAUCUCUCUUCCUAGGAAGUGGGGCUCCCCUCAUCUCCUUGUAUUGGGCAAGUAAAAGCAACACAUAUAUGAAAAUAUGCCUCCAAAAUUCAAGCGCCACCUCAAUGAUGAUGAUGUUACUGGGUCAGUGAAAAGUGAGAGGGUAAGUGCUUGAGGGCAAUGGCUUUCUUUGCAUGUUUUAAAUGUGCGGGUUAGAAUGGCCCCACAAGUCAAAUCCAUCUGUAGAAUAAUUGCUUUUAAGUCACUGAGGGUGAAGUUAUAUGGUGCUAUUAUGUCAUGGUCUAGCUCUUGUUAGUAUAUGGAUGGGAAGCUGCAUGAUAGUCCCAUGUAAAUUACUCUUAGUUUUCUUAGAGAAGAAUAGGCUAUGGUAUAAAAAGAUAAGAUAGUAAACAUGCCUGAUGGACUUGAAAACUUUUUUCUUGCAAGUCACCAAGAUUAUGGUGAUGGGUUCAUUGUGCAACUGCCUAUGGAGUUUGGACUGGUCUAAUAAACAUUCCAGAAUAUAUCAUUGAUUAAUGUACAUUUAAGGAUACUUAAAUGUACUUAGACGAUUAUUUGCCAAUACCUUUACAAUAUGGAGUUUUCUCUCCAUAUUAUAGAACAGGUUUUCUUCAGCUAACUUUUACUUGGAGUAGACAAAGACUCCUUGCUGCUGAUACCUCUCUGGCCUGUUUGGUCUGACCUGACUUUUCUUUUGGUGUGAUGUGUCUUCCAAGGAGCAGAGGGUGUAACCUACCAGUGGCUCCUAUUCCUGUAAAUGAUGUAUGAGACCAAUGCAUGCUUACUGAACUGAAUGUUUUUUUUCUUAAUGCUGAUAAGUUGCUUACCUUUUGCAUUUCCCAGGUUUUAAAUUGUUUUAUAUUUUAUGUUUGCUGUAAGCAACCAACUUAAAAGAAACUUAUAACUUCUUUAAAUAAUAAGUUCUCUUACCUCUCGGGGUAGUAAUCUUGAAGAGAAAGAAAGCUUGUGGGUAUAACUGGGAAUGGACUGGUAGCACACAGUUUCAAUAGCAUAACAAUUAGCAGCUGUGUUCAUCAGGGAGUAGGCCUGUUCUUCAACCAUCAUCAGCUUCAUGAACUAUUUCUAUUGCAGUCGAUGUGAAGGUGUUCAGCUGCCAAGACUUAACUGGUCAUUUCGCCAGUAUGCCAGUGCUCAGUGCUAUCAGACUUUGUCCAGGAAUAGUUUUCUGUGACAUAUUUUACUGCAGGUAGCAGGAAAAUACAAAUGGAGAGCAGGGAAAAUCCCCUGUGGAAAGAGCUUUUCGAGCCCUCUGCUCUGCUAGCUGGCCCCAGGGCCCUUAUGCAACCUUCCCAGAGACCAGUAAGAAGCUAUUUAUUAGUAUUAUUAAAUUUGUAUUCCGCCCUAUACCUGCGGGUCUGAGGGCAGUUCACAGGAUAUAUGAUAUAAAAGCACAGAAUACAUAUUCAAAAAAUAAGAACAACCCAAUAACGCCCCACCCCCCAUUUCAAAAGGGCAUUGAAUGUCAGUCAACCAAAGGCCUGGUUAAAGAAGAAUGUUUUUGCCUAGCACCUAGAGGUGUAUAAUGAAGGCGCCAGGCAGACCUCCUUGUGGAGAGCAUUCCACAAAUGGGGAGCCACUGCAGAAAAGGCCCAUGCUCCUGUUGCCACCUUCCAACCUCCCAUGGAGGAGGCACACAAAGAAGGGCCUCAGAAGAUGAUCUCAGGGUCUGGGUAGGAUCAUAUGGAAGGAGGUGGUCCUUGAGGUAUUGUGGUCCUGAGCCAUCUAAGGCUUUAUAGGUCAGAACCAGCACUUUGAAUUGGGUCCAGAAACUAAUUGGUAGCCAGUACAGUUGGACCAGGAUUGGUGUAAUAUGCUCAAACCGUCUUGCCCUGGUGAGGAACCUGGCCACUGAAUUCUGCGCUAACUGAAGUUUACAAACAAUCUUCAGAGGCAUCCCCACAUAAUCUAACCUAAAGGUUACCAGAGCAUAGGCAGCAGUAUCCAGAUAAGGGCGUAGCUGGAUGACCAGCCAAAACUGUUGGAAGGCACUCCAGGCCACUGAGGCCACCUGAGCCUCGAGCAACAGAAAAGGAUCUAAGCUAUGAGAACCCCCAAGCUACGAACCUGCUCCUUCAGAGGAAGUGUAACCCCAUCAAGAGCUGGCAGCCUUCCAGCCCAUCCGGUCUAGGGAACCACCCACUAACAGUGCCUCAAACUGAUCUGGAUUGAGUUUAAGUUUGUUGGCUCUCAUCCAGUCCAUUAUCAAGGCAAGACACCGGUCUAGCAUUUCCACUGCCUCACCCACAGAUGUAAAGGAGAAGUAGGGCUGAGUGUCAUCAGCAUUCUGCUGACAAUGCAUUCCAAAUCUCCAAAUAACCCCACCCAGUGGUUUCCUGUAGAUGUUGAACAGCAUAGGGGAUAGGAUUGAGCCCUGAGGAACUCCACGUUGAAGGUUCCACAGGGCUGACCCUCAGGGAACGACCAUUCAAGUAGGCCCAGAACCACUGCAAAGCGGUCCAACCCAUCUCUAACUCAGACAGCUGCUCCAGAAGGAUACCAUGGUCAGUGAUAUCAAAAGCCGCUGAGAGGUUGAGGAGAAUUAACAGGGACACAUUUCCCCUGUCUCUGUCUUGACAGAGGUCAUCAUACAGGGUGACCAAAGCAGUUUCUGUGCCAAAACCGGGCCUAAACCCCAAUUGAAAUAGAUCUAGAAAAUGAGUUUCUUCCAAAAGCGCCUGGAUCUGGUCUACGACCACCCACCCUAGAGUCUUGCCUAGGAAAGGGAGAUUAGCCUCAACAGAAAGUGAUUUGACCAUGACAAGGGACUAAUGUCACUGUCCCCCACUUUCAAAUCACCCUCUUCCUGCCUAGUUGAGAAAGCAAGAUCCAGAAUAUAGCCUGCCAUGUGUUUUGGGUGUCAGGCUGCCAGAAAAGCCCCUCCAUCUGUUGUCCAACACGUAAACAGAAUCCGGCACAGUGCUUGCAAACUUCAUUGCUCAGUAAUCAGGACGUCAGUACCUGGCACAUCAGUUUCAGAAACUAAAGUUCUGUCCCCUCCCCCUUAUUUAUACCUCCCUCCGUGCAUUUUUUUGCUGUGAUUCAGUGUUUCUUAAUUGUUCUAGCCUUUUCUUAACCCUUCUUUCCUGCACUGAGAGUGGGGGAGAGGAAGGAGCAGAAUCAGGGCUGCAUUGCAGAGCAGGAGACAUAGCCUUCUUCUCCUUCUCUCUCAGCGUCUGUGGCUACCUCAAUCCUCUCCCCUUCAUCCUCACCCUCUGCAGAUGAUUCCUCCCUGUCCCACCAGUCUGAACUUGAUUCAAAGUCCCCUUCCCCCUCAGGUGCCUUCUGGACUACUGGCUGCCACCAUUCUUCCUCGUCCAGCCAGCCCCUGACAUCAGUGACAAGUUGGGACAGCCCCAUGGCUGUCAUGGCGGCCAUGAUGUCCUGAGCUGCCCCAGAGCCAGUUGCCUCGGCAUGGAUGUUAAAGUCCCCCAGCAGCUCUGUCAGCUCAGACAGGGACACUGCUGGGCAGUGAGGCAGGCGGUAAACUAGGAGCACACACUCUUGAUUCUCCUCUGACUGGACAGAACCUGGAGAUAGAGAUACAGGGAAAAAAGUAUUUGAUCCCCUGCUAAAUUUGCCCGUUUGCCCUCUGACGAAGAAAUGACCAGUCCAUAAUUUUAAUGGUAGGUUUAUUGUGGCUGUGAGAGAUGUAAGAUGUAAGUUACCUGUCGUAGCUUUGUUAAAAAUAUGAAGUAGACACACUGGUGGGCAUUUAAGUUUUUGCAGAGUGAGGUGUGAGGGCCAUAGUCUCACUUCUCUGUGGUUUCAAGCCUAUGGAAAGUUGUUUGUGUGAUAGGACUUUUUGUGGCAGUGCCCCUUUUAGAUAUACUCUCUUGGUUUUCCAGGUCAAAUUGAUUCUCUCUUGUCUUCAUGAUUCCCAGGGUAGGUUUCUGCUGCCAACCUCUGGAAAGUUUAAGGCAAGCAUUUUACACAUGGCUCUAUAUUUAGAAUGAUACAGAGAAGUGGAUAAGCAAAUACUUGAACUAGCCCUGUGAAGGGUCUCUGUGCCUGUUUGUGUCCUCCUUUCCCAUGCUUUUGAGUCAAGAUCAUAUUAAGAUGAAACUGAUGUCCCCAAGCCUAUAAAUAUACAUAAUUAGCAAAUGGAUGUUCCAGGACUGUAUUCCCAAGUAUGAGAUAGAACACUGUGAAGAAGGCUCAGUUUUAGGAGGUUGACUUGGUGGCUAUCUUGAGCACAAUUUUGUCUUUUUGGAGGGUGAGGACAUAAGAAUGCUGAUCCCUCCUUGCACUGAAGAGGAGAACGUGGGUGUCUGUGAGGUACUUCAUUGAGAUGUGUGAAUGCUGAGCAAUCUUCCAUUUUUCAGAAGUGCUUGUUUCCUUUAUGAAUCAUGGAUUUGUAGUUAAAUUUUCUUUUAAUUUGGACUCCAGAGAACCUAAAGCAGAACUGAUGUGCUGAUUGCAGCUAACAAGAUGCACCUCAAGAAAGACCUAGCUGCCUUCUAGCUUUGAAAGUGGACAAGAAAGACUUGUAUUUCUUGUUGAGCUUAUCUAUCUUUUAUGUUUGCAGAGGAACCUCCUAGAGGAAGAUUCAGAUGAAGAGGAGGACUUUUUCUUGUAAGUAUCUCUAAGACUGAAGCAGGGAUACCUGAACAACCUUUGGGGAGGAUCUCUUAAUGCUUGCUCUUCCCUUCUCCGGUAUGGGGCCCCACCUCUGUUGUGUAUAGCACUGGCCUUGCCAAUGUAACGUGAUACAGCAUCAGGUGUUCAUCUUCAAAGCAAGGUGAAGUAUUGCAAGAUUCACUGGAACCCUUGCCAACAGCACCUCCUGUGAACUUUGCAGUGUAAGAUUGAGGACUCGCCUUGCCGGCCCCUUCCUUCAGCCUUGGGGGCUGUACUAGUCUUCUUGAAGUACUUUUGCCAUCAAUGUAUUGUGUAACAGGCAUAGGCAAACUUAACCCUCCAGAUGUUUUGGGACUACAACUCCUAUCAUCCCUGACCACUGGUCCUGUUAGCUAGGGAUGAUGGGAGUUGUAGUCCCAAAACAUCUGGAGGGCCAAGUUUGCCUAUGCCUGGUGUAAUACUUUAAGCCUCCAAAUAUCUCCCUGUUAAUCAGCCAUGUGAUGCCGCUCAUUCACUCAAGUAGAUGAAUAGCAACUGUGUCCUCAGGUUUGAUCUGUUAAUAAGCUUGUGUUAUGUCUUUCCAGGAGAGGGCCAUCAGGUCCAAGGUUUGGACCCAAGAAUGACAAGAUCAGGCAGUAAGUAUUUUGUGGCAUUUGAAAAUGGGUCUUUCCUUGGCUUGUGUGUCUUUUUCAUAUAAAAUUGCCGCAGUCUUAGUUAAGGUUUUUGCAGCAUUUGUGUUGAAUCUAGUACUGUAGUAGUUUCCAAGGCACUAAGACCUUUUGCCAUAGACCAGUAAACAUCAUUGCUAUGUUUUGAUUUUUCUGUACUGUGGGCUAAAUGAUCCAUCUUCCACCAUGUUGACAGCCUAGAGAUUUGUAAGAUCUCCUGGAGAGCAGAAAUAGGUUCAAAGCCACUGAGCAAAUUGGAAGCAAUUAAAACUUGGCUAGUAAUCACCAACUGUACCAAAACAAUAGGAAAGAAUACAAAACUUGGACACCUUCCAGGAGCAAUUUGUGCUAAGAGGCUUAAGCUCUAGCUUUGACAUCCUUAUCCAAUGGCUCCCUGGAGGAGGAGGAGGCAACCCCCUUCUUCACUCAGAUACCAGUUCAGUUAAAUUUACUUGCUUAAAACCCAUGGUGAUCCUGCAUAUACCCCACAUUCCAGUACAGAAGCAUUAAUCCUAAAGAAAUGGAUCACCUCAGUUUAUUAGUGUUGGCUUUCAGGACAAGAACUUUGGAGGCAGCUCAUCAUAGCAAUUGACUGUGGGUUGGAAACUUGUAUCCUAUGAUUUUAUUAGGAUGGGCAGACCUGUGCACUUGUCUGUUUUGUGCCCAUCUCUCUGAAAUUUUACUGCACCAUGUGCAAUUCUUUCUUUUCUUUCAUCAUUCAUUACAUAUAUCACCAAAAGAAAAGCAAUGUGUGUGUCUUGAUGUAUCUGAAUAUGUUCUGAAGCUCUAAAGUUCAUCUUCUGCUGUUCAAAAGCAUUCUGCUUGGAGGAUCAAUUCAAAGAGAGUGUCUACCCCAGAAGCAUUUGUGGAAUAGUGUUCCAUUCAAAGGCAUAUCACAUGCAAACUGGGUAGGAUUGUAGGUAGGAAUCCUUGCUGCAGUUGAAAUAAGGGAGCCGCUAUAGGCAAGAGGUGAGGCACCUGCUCAGUCUGCAAAGGGGAACUGGGGUAGAGCAGAAGCACACACACACAAAAACCCAAUAGCUAUACUCUCCCAGAACUACUGCAGGCAGCUGUGCAAAUAGUAAUAGUAAGGUUUAGAAAGAAUGUCAUUUUCCCAGCAAUGGUUGCAAUUUGAAUACUGGGACUAUGUGAUUUUCUAUCAGUUGAAACAUUCAUUCGGAGAGGAACAAAUAAUAGGUGCUCAUGUCUCAGACUACAAAAAGCCUUUAAAAGAACUCAAAAUUAGUGCUCAUUUAUGGGGAGGGAUAGAGAUUAUUAUUGUAGUCUCUAGAACUGAUUAAUAGAGGCUGACUAUUUACUGGGGGAAGCUGUGUAUGAGUUUAUUCCUUGCAGACACAGUAAAGUGAUCCACCCUGGAUUGAAAUACCAAUAUAAAAUGGCAGAUGAUAGAAAGUUGGAAAGAAACUGUAGAACAGUUUUUGAAAGUCUGUAAUUGGAAUGUUUGGAGAGCUUAAAGUUGAGGACAGCAUUUCUUUCCAGCUUGACUUUUGGUAUGCCUUUAAAUUCUUUCUUGGAAUUGUCUGCUAAGUCAGGGCAGCCAGUGAGGAAAUUGCUCACUUCCUGAGGCUCUGUUAGCUCUGUAUUUAGGUCUGGGGUCUUGCGGCUACCUGAUAACCAUGUCAUCAUGCUCCUCUUCUCUGGGGCACAGAGGCAAGCAGCUUUUACAUCUGCAAAUUCUAGGCUUGAAAUCUGUUGGGGUGUGAAGUUCAUGGCCAUCCACCUUCUUACGCAGGAAACAGCUAUGAUAUGUUGAAAGUUUGCCACAACUGAGACCCUGACUACUGUUCCUUGAGAAGUGUAGUUCUUACGUUCUUCAAACUGAGGGCAUUUUGUUGACCAUUCUGCUUCUAACAGCCAUCUAAGUGCUUAUGGAAACUCGCAAAGAAAAAGCCGUCCCCAUUUUUAGGUCCCAACGUUUGGUACAGAAAUAUAUAGCCUCUGGACAGAGUUGCUAUCUAAUUAUUGUGGCGGAUACCAGUUGAUAGAUUAUUCUCCAUGAAUUUGCCUAAUCACUUUCUAAGCACAUCUGUGCUAGUGGCCUUCAACACACAUUAUGAUAGUGAAUUUAGUUAACUAUAGAACAUUUUCCAGGUUUUUUUCCUGCUGUGCUAACUUGUUGAUCAUUCUUGUUAUCAGUGGUAGUUGAAAGCAGAUGUUAUUGGUACUAACUAGUAUCUGGGCACCUUUGUUUUUUCUUUAAGUGCAAUGGAUGUCCAAGCUUUGGCUCUUGAGCAGUUCAUGUUGGACACAGUGUUAGAAACUGAUAUAUGGAAGCUAGGAGCUAAAGGGCACCUUAAACCUAGGUUAUGGACGCAACAAUGGAAUGUCUAGACGUGCUUUUUUAUAACAAGAGUACAAAGCUGAAAAUGAAUGAACUGCAGCUAAAUAUUAUGUUCCAUUUUUCACAUGGUCUAGUACUUCCCCUGUCCAUCCCCCAAUAUUCUUAAGAGGGUCUUUUCUACAGAGAGUAGCUGAAAAGGUCCUCCUUUCCUUCCACUUUGCAGUUUUAAUCUGAAAUCUUAGCCACAGUACUGCACCCAGAGCUCAAACUGCUCAUGCUAAUCAAACUCCCUGUCGCAAAAUGCACCUAGAACAAUGGGGAUUUUGAACACUGGCCAGACAUUAAGAAAGUAGCCCUUUGUACUCAUAGCAUGUGGUAGAGAGAGACCUUUUCACACACUUCUCUCUGCCAUAUGCUGGUGUCAAUGCGUUCUAGGAGAGCAAGGAGGUGAUUUUGCCAUAUGAAGUAACAACCCCUCCUGCACACUUAUGCUGUAGCAAAUGGGGUGCAGGUUGCAUGGAUCUGGGUGGCUUGCUUAAGGUAGCUGUCCUUUACAUUGGAAACACUGUAGUAAACCUGGUAGGAAUAUUUUUUCUGAGUGUUCCUGUGAAGGGGAGGAAAUCUUGGUGUAUCAUCAGAAGGGCAGCACCUCAAGUACACAAAUCCUUAUUAAUUUGAUUAAGGGGCCAGUGACCUUGCUUGUUGGUAUUGCUUGUCUGAGACUUGUUUUUCCUAAAACCAACACUUUGGAGACAAGGCUGUCAAAGGGAGGUGGUCAGGGUGAGGUGAACAGUCAUAAGAUUCUCUUGUUUUGCUUUACUUGCAUUCCUGUGUGAAAUUAACUUAGCAAACUGGCAGAACAGAGCCAUGAGUAAAAUGGAACAGAAACCAGUUAUGACUACCCCUAAACACACUUUUGUUAGGAGAGCAAAGUAAUUUUAAUGAUCUAAAGCUGUGUUUAGACAGAACUGACAAAAGUGUGUGUGCAAAUAUAGUUGUGGAGACCAUCCAGGAACCAAACACCAUCCCAUCUGUGUCCUUUAGAGUAGGCAUAGGCAAACUUGGCCCUCCAGAUGUUUUAGGACUGCAACUCCCAUCAUCCCUAGCUAACAGGACCAGUGGUCAGGGAUGAUGGGAGUUGUAGUCCCAAAACAUCUGGAGCGUUGAGUUUGCUUAUGCCUGCUUUAGAGCAAUGUUCCCCAAUCAGGGGCCACAUGGCCCCCUGGCCCCCACCCCGGAUAUUCCAAAAUGCGUAAAUGAGAGGAAAGUGAGAAGUGAAGGGAAAAAAUCAUUUUAAAAAAAUCCUGAUUGGCUGGCUAUCUGCUUGGCCAUUCACUCCUUUUUGCCAUGGGCGUUUUCUUGGCGCAGUCCUGGUUUGUUUCCAAUGGGAGAGGGUUUGUUGAGGCUCCCACUUUGACCAGUAGAGCCUGCUAUCCGGAACCCCCAGGUCAGGUAAGUGCGGUGGUGGGGUGGCAAUGGGUAGGGCUGGGCGAGCAGGAGCUGCUUGUUGCUGCCACCACUGCUGGGCCGGGCAGAGUCAUCUGGUGCUGCUGACUUGCAUCUAGUAAAUAACUGUCCACUCAGAAGAAAGCUGCACUGAGUUCAGUGGGCCUUACUCCCAGGUAAGGGUGUGUGGGACUAUAGUGUUUUAUUUAGGCAGCCAGGGCCACUUGCUUUCUUUGAGCGGUUUGGGUACCUUGGUUUACGAACUUAAUCCAUUCCGGAAGUCCGUUCUUAAACCGAAACCGUUCUUAAACCGAGGCGCUAAUGAGGCUUCCUGCCGCUGGUGCCCUUCCGCCGUUCAGAUUCCGUUCUUAGACUGAGGUAAGGUUCUCAAACUGGGACACUAUUUCUGGUUUUGUGGAGUUUGUAAACUGAAUCAUUCAGAAACAGGACUGUUCAUAAACUGAGGUAGCACUGCAGAAACUAUCUUGGAGGAGGUCCAGGUUUUAGGAAUGGGGCACCCUUUUGUGAUGUUGUUGAAUAGGCGUCAUCAGGGAUUCCUUGAAUUUCUUAUAGAAUUCUGCUAUAAAGCUGUCUGGGCUUUUAGUGGUUUCAGGUUUUUGAGGACCGUAUCUAUUUCCUCCAGGGUGAAAGGACUGUCCAGGAAUUCCUCUUCCUCAUCAGGUAAGGUAGGAAAGGUCAGUCCAGCUAGGAAUUUUCUGAUUUCCUGUUCAGGUGGGUUGCUGGAGGUGUAUAGGUCAGUGUAAAAUUCAACAAAUUCUGAGGUUAUUUCUUUGGAGAAGAUUAUGUUGCUGUCUUUUUUUGGUGAUGCAGUUUAUUCUUGUUUUGAGUGAUUUUCCCCCGUACUUGUAGGUAGAAGCAUUGUUUUGAGUAUAGAAUGUUGAUCAUUGUUUUGUUGAUUUCUAGUGAGUCUAGUUCCUUCCUUUUUUGUUCUAUAAGUUUAAGGAGUUUUUCAGCUCCUGUUCGUUUGUAGUGUGAUGAGAGUGCUGUGAUGUCCUGUUCUAUUUUGCUAAUUUUUGAGGAGGUUUAUUUUUUAAGGGAUGCUUUUUUUUCUUUUCUUUUUUUUUUGGUACAGUGGUACCUUGGUUUACAAACAGCCUGGUUUGCCUAUGUUUUGGAUUACAAACAUGUCAAACCUGGAAGUGUAUGUCCCGGUUUGCAAACUUUUUUUGGAUUACACCCCCCCCCUUUUUUUUUAUUAUGAACAAAUUUUUUUUGGAGGCCCCAUCGGCAAAAGCGCGCCCUGGGUUACAACCUGUUUUAGUUUACAAACGGGCCUCCAGAAUGGAUUAUGGUUGUAAACCAAGUUACUACUGUAUUGUCUACAUCAUUUUCUUUGCAGUGUUUUGGAGAGUCUUUGUGAGACUCUCUAAUUAGUUUGUUUGUGCUUAGGAUGGGACUGAAGGACCAUGAGGGGGUAGUUCACAUUUCUUCUGCGAUUUUAAUCCUACCUAUGUUCGUUGAUUCAAUCAAGGGUAUCAGACCUUGUGUGAGCAGAAUGCUAUCUAGUCUGGAUACUGUGCCAUAGCUCCCGGACUGGAAUGUGUUGCUGGUGUCUCCGAGAUUUUCUUUGCUCCAUAUGUCAUAGGGACCUCUGUUUUUAAGCAUUUUAAGCAAUUUGUAAGAGUUCUUAAUUAUUUGGGGUUUCCUUCCGUGGAAGGUUGCCCAUGGGGUUGUAGGGUGGUUGUCUUUCAGGUAUAUGGCUCUCAUAUUUAGGUUGAAGUUACUUCCCAGAAUUGCUUCCCCUUCAGAGAAGGAGAGGAACUAGUUUAGUGUUUUCUGGAUGAACUCUGGUUGUUUUGAGUUUGGGGCAUAUAUGGAGCCAAUGGUCUGUUUAGUUUUGCCACUCAGUGUCCCUUUAGUGAAAAUUAAUCUGCCUCUUUAGCACUGCCGUGGCUUUGAAGUUCAGGUUUCUGCUAAGUAUUAUGGCUGCUCCAUGGGCCUUUCCUGAGCCAGGUACAACCCAUUGUUGACUGAAGUGGGGUUUGCUCAGGAGUUUGCUUCCUUUGGGUGGAUUGUGUAUUUCUUGUAGGAAGGCAAUGUGUGGUUUCAUGGUGUUUACAUAUGAGGUGAUGCAUUUUCUUUUGAUAGGGUUUCCCAAUCCAUCAUUCUGCUUAUCUGCUUUAUAGGAUCAUUCCCUGCCAACCCGUGUGGGUUGUCCUGAGUCUGUCACCUUAUGUUGUCUAUCAAACUUAAGUUGCUCUGACAUAACGUGUGAUGGGUGGGGGAAGAGGGGGUUUAGAAUUAGAUUUGGGUUAAAGAGUGGGGAGUGGAUUACAGAAAGUAGGCUAUAUGUAGUUAUAUAGGUGUUUAUUUGGGGUAUCCAGGAUAAUCUGGCCUUCAGCUGGUUGGUCCUGGGUCUCAGCUGGCAUGGAGGACCUUGUUUGGGAACAGUCUGUCCUCCCAGUCAUUUCGGAUAGGGAGUGGUCAAUGAGAUGGUGUUAAGCACAUUUGUGACUCCUGUGUUGGGUAUAAGGUUUAUAAGUAGUGUUGUCAGUGUUACUAACAACAUUAUUGGUUUGUUGGGGCAGGGAUAUGGGCAUUGGCACACUCUGGCACCACCAUUAUGCAGGUUGUGUGUCAGAUUUUAUCCUCUUUGUUGAUUGUUUUAUUGAGGUUGGGGGUAUUGUUUUAGUUGGUGUGGGUUUCUUUCUUCGUUUUCCUUUUCUUUUACCUGCUUCUUUUAUUUGUGUGUAUCUUCUGGACGACAAGUCCAAUGAUAUCACAGUGGCCGUGGCAAAGUUUAUUUCAGUAGUCAUACGAAUCAAAGAUCAACAUACCCAUGACUAAACAAAUAACGCCUCGGUCUCCCUCCCCUGGGGGUUUGUCUGUAUGAAUCUGUUUUUUGUUGCUUUUGUUUUUGUCUUUUAAAUAUAUAUUUAAUACUAUAACAUAGUAUAAUAAAGACAAUUUUCAGUGAUGGUGCUGCACUUAAACUGGAGUCCACAGUAGCCACAUGUUCCCGUUUUUGUAUCUUUGUCCAAGUUUAUAUACACUUUAGGGUGUCCCAGAGCUCUGCCGCCACCAUCGCAGGAUAUCACUCUGGUUUCAACUUCACUCACAGGCUGCUGAGCGAUCAAAUCGAUUGCAAAGCUUUCAUUCACCUCUUUCUGUCGAGCAGAAAACCGAGCCCGCCUGUAGUCAGUUUCCUCAAAAACCUGUCCCGUGUGCGUCACUUUCUCGCCGGUCGGGGACGUCCCCGUGCCAUAGCUUCUCCCAAAGGUGGGUCACAGGGAGGGGAGAGCUGUGACGCCCCACGCCAAAGCCAAGCCUGCCUGGGAGGCUCCUCCCAAGGACACAAACAGACCCGCCAUUUCGGUGACAGUGGUGAAGGAGGAAACAAGGUCAGAAAAAGGUUCGGAAACGCGACUUUAGAGGAAGAGUGGCUACAAGUGUAACAAGAGCAGGAAGUGAGGAUUGUCCAUCAUAUCAAGACUGCAAAACCACAAUAACUUCUUUGUUUCCAUCUUAGCCCCAUGCCCACAGUAGUCCUCAGACAAGGCAAAGGAAAUGACUUCUUGACAUGUGCUCCCAUGUACAUAGCUGUUGAAGGACAAGGAUCAAAGCGGACGACUGCCCCAGACCUGUAUUCUCCUCCCACUGCCCUGCAGCCUCUCAGGCUCUUUCCCCAAUCUUCCAACUUAAGGCUUGACAGUCUGUCAUAACAACUUUAGUGUAAUUGGGGCACUGGAGAUUAAUUGUAAUCCUAAUUAACAGGGUGUACAUCCAUUUCCUUUGUUUGGUCUAAUCACUGCUGGGGGUGAGAGAAUAAAUGGCUUUGCAAUUUGGCUUCCAUUGAAAUGAAGUCACUUGGAAUGCUGCAACCCUAAACACUGGAACAUUUUGGCCUAGUUGCCACAAGAGUGAUAAACUAUGCCAAACCACUUCCUUAAAAAUGUUUUUCAAAACCCCUGCUCAUAGUAAACUUAACAUAUUAAGGCUAAGCUAGGCAUGCCCAGGUUGUUGGGGUUUUUUUUUUUAAAGGAGGAACAUUCUAUCAUGUGAGCUUCCACCUGCAGUCUGAAGUGAGUCUGGAUGAUUUAUAGGUUGACCAUCUCCAUGAGGAAAACUAGGUCAUCAUUUAAUAGGACAUAUAAGACUACAACUAGCCUUUCUGUAUUGCAGGAAUUGGGAACCUGUGGUCCUCCAGGUGCUGUUGGUCUGCAGGACCCCUUGUCCCUGACCUCUAGCCACACUGGCUGGGGCUGAUGGGAAUUUGAGUCCAACAACAUCUGGAAGGGCCACAAGUUCCGCAUCCCUGAUGCUGCCUUCUGCCUAAGCACUGCGGAAGCCGUGGACUUCAUAAUAAUGAGUGGGUUACAAUUUGAGACAUGGUACAAAAGGAAGAAAGGAGUGGGGAGGGAAGAAGUAAGAAAGAGCAAGGGGAGUGGACCUUCUUAACUCCCUAAGAUGCAAGUAGGUUCAAAGCAUAUAAUCUUUCCAACACCCCUGUAAAGUAGGUCGGUAUUAUCGUUCCCUUUAUUUCCUCUACUUACUCAUGAUGGCUAAAUGAUUGACGGAACACUUUUUGAGAGCAGUAUGCAAGUCAAGGCUGCCAUUGCCUCAUUACUGUUACUUCAUGUUAUUUAGACUGCACAGCCAGUCCUUGGCUUAGGGCAGAUAACAAAAACAACACCCACUCCAAAAAAAAUCAUAGAAAUUUCCCUUUUCUAGCUAAACCUUUGGUAUGUAAUUAGCUGAAAAUUUGAGAUUGCUUUGGCUUCUCUUUAAAAGGCUACUUCUCUUAUUAAAGAGCUGUUUGUAUUGGAGAAAAAUCUGGUACUGUGUGGGGUUUCCAAGAUUAGAACAAGCUAUGAACUGAAAUUUAGAUUAAAAGUCAGGGCCCCAAGCUUUCUGAGAGAGUGGGAAACAAAACAAAGACCUUCCCCCCCUUAUCUCAAAGAAGAAAGAAAUUAGGAACUGCAAGAUACACAUUCUGCCCUUCUCUCCCUGGUCACUUUCCUCCCUUUACCUGUUUUUUCCUUCAAAAGAUUUUUCCUCCUGGUCACUCUCCUUUCUCCUUGACUUGUUUUUGACACUUGCUAAAAAUGUUUUUGUUCCAGCAAAACCUACCCAGGCAUGUAAUUUUAGCAAGUAAAGCAUUUUUAACAUUAUUGCUUUCAUUUUAAAUUUUAAAUGUUUUAAUAACUUGUUUGCUAGUUUCAUUUUUUAAUUGGUAUUUUUAAAAAUGUUUUACACACACACACACACACACACACACACACACACACACAGUGUGUGUGACUGGUAGGAAUACAUCCAUUUCCCUCAAUUCUGUGUCUCAUUUUGUUUGAAAGCUGCCUGUUCUUCGUGUACUAGGUGGGUAUGAAUUCAAAGCGGGGGUGGGGGUGGGGUGGAGAGUGUGUGUGUUCUCAAUGACUUUGAUGCCACAACUUUCUCAAGUUUUCAUUUAAAAUUGUGUUGCAAUUUUUCUGGAAUUCUUCAGUGUGGUAGAGCUUCCAGUAACUCUUAAAUUCAGAAUGUAGUAUGACCCAAAGCCAUGUUAUAAAGUCUGUGAGGAUAUAAAUGUGGCAUAAAAAUGACAGCCAAUGUAGUGUACUUUUGGUUUUGAGACCAAUAUUUUGAUGUAUGCUCUAUUUAUGUUUACUUAGAAGUUUCACAGUCAAUUAAAUGAGAUGUAUCGUAAAGUUUGCAUGCAUAAGACUGCUACUUUCAAUUCAAGUUUUGCCUUAGCCAUUACUUCCUGGGUAGCCUUGGGCAACCCAGUUCUUGAAAAAAAUAUUUGGAAAACCACACAUGAACACUUCAUUCUUAAGAAAAUCAUAAUUUUUAAAGCCCAUUCAAAUCUUUACAUAUGCUACUUUGCAUUUGAAUCCAAUAAUCAACUGCAUUUGCUACCACUUGUGACAAAUCAUUGGGUAAUAUGAUUCUUCCUCCACACCCUGCUCUGUUUUCCAGUGUCCAAAACCAGGUUGAUGAAGUUAUUGAUGUCAUGCAAGAAAACAUCACCAAGGUGAUAGAAAGGGGAGAACGACUAGAUGACUUGCAGGAUAAGUCAGGUAGGAAUAGUUGGGCCUCUUUUUUUCCCUUGCAGCCUCAGAAGAGAGUCCUCAAGAGUACUAAAUCCAGUGUGUUGUGAGCUCUGUGCAUAGUCUGAGAAUAUCCUAAACAUGAUCACCUAUGAGUGUUUGCUUUCCCCCCUAUGCCAGGAGUUGCUUAACAUUUUGGAUUUUUGAGGGAGUGCUGUGGGUGCCAAUCCCUCUUGAGAGAAGAGAGAAAGAGUAUGCAUACAUGCUGCACUUUUUCCAGGGAUCUGAGAAAACGUUGGAUCCAGUAGAAUUAAUCUGACCCUUGAAAAGAAGUGGGAGAGACCUGCUAUCUGCUCUUCAAGGGAGAAGGUAGCAGCCACUUCAUGACAGUUUGUGUGUGACUCAGGUGCUUUGUUGGUGCCAGGGAAGGAUAUCAAGGGUCUCAUUGUGCCCGUGGGCACCACGUUGGCAUCCCCUGCCUAGAACACAAACCUGAAAGACUCCUAAAAUGUUCUGGCAACUAGAGAUUUAAAAGGUUCUUGCUGCCCUGAAUACAGAAUCCAUCCUUACCAAAAAUAUUUCUAAACCAUUCAAUCUUAGAAUAAUUAAUUAUACAAAAUAAGUACAUUUCUUUUCCUUAGUCUUCAUAAUUAUAUUCCUAAUAUUGAAUUUAGUUUCUUUUGUAUGUACAAACAGUCCCAAUAUAUAUAUUUACUUACUAAUGCAAUAGUCCUUUUUAGAUGUAACAUAAAUAAGUUUCAAUCUUGUUCAUUCCCAGACCACUGUUCUCUGGCACAGCCAUGAGAUGGAAAUCAAAAGCUUCUGCUUUUAUAAUAACCAGAGUUCCUUGUUACUACGAAACUCAGGAAAGCUGUAGUGGGUUAAACUAUGCUUAGUCCAAACAAGCCAGGAUUGAACUAUGGUUUAUUAUCCUGGCUUGUUCACUGACUAUAAUUUUAAUCUAACCAGUUUCCCCAAGUUCAGAUAAAACACAGAACCCUGGUUAGUUUUAAAAGGUUUUGGCUCUCCUCAUGGCUCCACGGGGGGGGGGGGGGGGGGUUGGAGUACAUAAGCCCAAAGCACAUUCACAUGACAUUAAGUGAUGGGUGAGGAAACUUUUCCAGCUGGCAAACUAAAUCCCAGCCUUUCUCACCCACCCAUGGGCCAUUUUGACAUUGGGUGAUAAGUUCAAAGGGGCCUGCUGUCAGUGCUUAUCAAAUGGCUUUUCACUGAAUGCUAGUGCCUUUGAAGGUGCACUUUUAACACCAAACAGUUGCUUGGUGCUGAUAGUGCACCUUUAACGAUUCUUGCUGCUGGUGAGCCCUGCUUGCAAAUGAACAAUUGCUCUCUCAUUUUGACCUCUGCAGUCCUAACUUGUCCCACACCUGAUAUUUCAUAUUACAUUAGGUAGGAGGCAUGUGGAAGUAGUUUGGGAAAAAUAGCCUUGUAAACCAAACUAGUUUACCAUUGCAUCUUAACUCACCCAGUGUGUGGUUUAAAUCUUAAUAGCAAACUACCUGACUGCCCUUUAUGAAUGUUUUGAAAGUUCCCAAGCGCUGCUGUCAUUUUUACCUCAAAAUGUUACUGUCUUAAUGAUGUGGUAGAUGCCCCCCGCCCAUCAAGGAUGUACAUUAUGUCACUUGAGUGAUGUUCCCAGCCUCUUUUCAUCCCAUUGCUUACUCUUGUUAACUUGUGGGUCUUUCCCAUUGCAUUCAUGGAGAAGAUAAAGAGGCAGGUCCUUUGUGUACACAGGCCCUCUUGUGUGAUCAGAAUCCGCCUAGUUAUGCAAAGAUAUAGGCUUGCAUAUCCUGGCUUGGAUGUACAUCAGAGGACCAUUUCCUGCCCCUUCGUAGCAGAGUGCUGUAGGCUGGAUAACUUGUAUCAUUUGUACUUCUGCCACUUUUAUGUUUGCUUCUUCCUGCACAGCAUGGGCUCAUUUGUUAAUGAACAUAUUGUAUUACAAUUUCCAAACACAGAAAACUUAAGUAAUUAUGUGGGUGGAAGGGGAGUCUUAAAUCAAUUUGUAUGAACCACAAUGUUGGCUGCAUUCCUAAUGUUCUUCUUUUAGAAACAAAUCACAUGGAAUUCACUGUACCUCUGCAAGAAUACCUGAUCAUUACCUCUUUGCAUAUGCUUGCAUGUAUAAAUACAGACAUGCAUGCUAGGAUGGAAAGCUUUCUCACUUGUAUUGCAGCAGGUUCAGUUCAUGAGGGAGCCGGUGUUGCGUUGUGGUUAGAGUGUUGGACUAGGAUCUGGGAGACGGAAGGGAUCAAAUCUCCACUUGGCCGUUAAGCUCACUGGGUAACCUUGGGCCAGUCACUGCCUCUCAGCCUAACCUGCCUCACAGGGUUGUCAAAGGGAUUAGGUGAGGAGGGAGACAUCAUUGAGCUUCUUGGAGGAAAAGGUGGGAUAUGAAUGUGAUGAAUAAUAAAAAAUAAAUGUUCUCUUUCUGGCACAGAGAGCUUAUCUGACAAUGCAACAGCUUUUAGCAGCCGAUCCAAACAGCUCCGACGGCAAAUGUGGUGGCGAGGCUGCAAGGUGAGGUCCCAGAGAGAAAUUAAUUUGUUGACUUUUUUAAAAAGCAGACCUAUUAAGGUCACAAGGGCAGAGUUAACGUGUGUGAACAUGAAGUGUAUACACAAUAUUGGGAAUUGAGUGCUAACACUUUCCCCCACACUGCAGUUAAGAAUGGGCUGUGUUUGCCACAGGAGGCCAGAUUCUUUCUUCCAUCCUUUUUCCUAAGUAAUCAGAUUAGAUCAGACAUGUUCAACUGGUCGACCACGAUCGACUGGUCGAUCACCAGAGUGAUCCUGGUCGAUCGCAGGAUUAAAUAAAGUGGGCAAGGAAUGUCGCCACAGGGAAGGCUGGGCUGGGCGGCAAGCGCAAGGAAUGUUGUCUUCACUGCUGCAAGGGUAGCCCCGCUGCUGGAUCCCUCUGCAGCCGCUGGGAAGGCAGGGCUGGGUGCUAUUUCUUGCUUGCUGCCCGGCCCGGACUUCACUGCUGCAGUGGUGGCCCCAGCACUGGGUCCCGCAGGGAAGGCCAGGCCAGGUAACAUUCCUUGCGCUUGCCGCUCAGCCCGGCCUUCACUGCUGCAGCGGAGGCCCUGACGCUGGGUUCCUCCGACACCGCUGGAAAGGCCAGGCAGCAAACACAAGGAAUGUCACUCCCCCCCCCCCCCCGCACUGAGUCCCGCUGCCACUGGGAAGGUCGGAACAGGCAGCAAGCGCAAAGAAUGUCGCCCACUGGGUCUUCGUGGCGGCAGGGGGGGAAGGAGGGAGGGCAGGCAUUAUUGGGAUCUGCGUGGCUCCCUUUGCCUCCACCUUCCACACACCACACCACGCAAGAUCCUCGUCCCUCCAAUGACAACGGGUAGAUUAUUGCCAGUUUUUUUAUACUGGGAUUAGAUCACAGUUUCUUGGGAGUUGGACGUGCCUGGAUCAGAUCAAUGUAGGUUGGUAUCUAUGGGGACAUGUGUGGGUCUGGGUGCACACUCUGAAGACUGGUGUUUUUACUCCAGUAAAAAAGUUUGAUGAGCUUCAUGGCUGAAUGACCUCCAAAUUCUUUACCCACUCUGCUACAGUGUCCACGUUAUGCCCGUAUUUUGAAAAUGUGGAUGGAAGACAUGACUGGAGGCAUUUUGAGUUGUUCAGUUGAUUCUGCAAGCUUUCACCAUUAUUGUGAAGAAAGGAGUCAUACUAGCUUGGUUUAAAUAAGUCUCUGUAGGCAAUAAGGAAGUAAUGUCUUGGCUUGGCUUGUGUUUCCUUCUGCAGAUGAAGGUAAUUGUGGCUUUGGUUGCUGUUGGUGUCCUGCUAGUGAUUAUUGGUAAGUGCUUUCUGAAGUUCUUUGUUGUAAAAAUUCUGUGAAGUGGCAAGAUGUAGAACAAAUAGACAUCCUUGAAUUGCAGCCUUAAGAGAAAUCAUACUGUCAGGCUUUGGGAACUUGGCUUCCUCCUCCCCUUCAGCCUAGGAUAAGCAGCACAAAGCAAAAAGAGUCGCUUACCAUUUAAAGCAUGGGUAGGCAAACUAAGGCCCGGGGGCCAGAUCUGGCCCAAUCGCCUUCUAAAUCAGGCCCACAGACAGUCCAGGAAUCAGCAUGUUUUUACAUGAGUAGAAGGUGUCCUUUUAUUUAAAAUGCAUCUCUGGGUUAUUUGUGGGGCAUAGGAAUUCGUUCACACCCCCCCCCCCAAAAUAUAUAGUCCGGCCCCCAACAAGGUCUGAGGGACAGUGGACCGGCCCCCUGCUGAAAAAGUUUGCUGACCCCUGAUUUAAAGAGGCUUUAAUCACCACAGCAAAAGAACAGAGCAGCCAUUCUCGGAAUGAAGGUGUUCCCAAUUAACGUUUCCACCCACUUCCCCCCAUGUCAUUUCCACACCACUGUGCUUUUUGUGUAGCCAACUUUUCUGCUCUACGUGACCUUGGACUGAUAGGCUGGAGAUAGUCUGUUAGCUCUCUCUCUUCCAGUUCUUCUUCACCCCAGCUUUUGUCUUCAGAACUAUGGCCCUCUGCAAACCACUGUUCCAAAUCUAUAUUGCUCCACUGCUUCUGGGCAGCUUCAGGAUCCUGGUCAGGAGCAGGGGGAGGGAGAGGCUCUCACCAUUCCUCAUCAGAGCAGAACUCCUCAGCCUGGUCUCUGACACAUACACUACUUCAGGUCUUCUUGCUUGGGCUAAUGGAUGACGUACUAUUGAGUUGUUAGCUUAGGAGUUGCCCAGAAUAUUGCCAUUAACUUUUGAGUGCCCCUAGUACUAGAGGAUUGUGGGAUUGAAAUAGCUUUAAUGUUUGUGGGUCCUUUUUAAGAAGAAAUCAAUAUAAUCUAACCAAAAUUGAGCAUUUCUAAGAUUGAUUUUAAUUGGAGAGAUUUAAACAGGAACUCAGUAAUUCUUUAUAGUUUAGAACAUGGUGGCAAUUCCUUUGUCACAAGAGUGUUGUACUUUAUGCACACCUAUAGGAAAACUUGAAAGUGUUGUUGAUGUGAUGGAGAUUGGGAGCUAGCUCCCUGUCUGUGGGAGGAUAAAGGAAUGGAUAGACUAGGUAGGAUGGCUUUCUGUUGUUUAUGAAUCCAAAACGUUGAAGACUCAAAACAUAAUUCGACAUGGGACUCUAUGCAUUUUCCAAUUAGGGAUGAGUUGAUUUUAUCAUCUCAAGAAUGGGAGCCAAGUUCAAGUCCUGAAGAUAGGGCAUUAUUUUCCAUCUCAGCACAAUGUGAAAAAAGCAAUCACCAGAUUCUGGAAGUUGGUGGUGCUUUUGGAUACCAGAAAACCUCCAUAAGAAAAUGGAAGUCUUUUCCAAAUGAUAGCAAAAAGAAACACAAACUUUGCAAAGAAAAUGCAACCUAAGAAGAAGCAAUGCAAAAAAACUAAUUUGAGGAGCAUAUUGCAGGAAGGCAUUCUGAAGAACUGAGACAAAUUAUGCUGAUUAGCAAAUUAUCAGCAAAUUAAAAAUUAACACUGGCUGGUAUCAAACUGAGAAAUUGCUCAAUCUUCUAAAAAUAUGCAGGUGUCUUUGUAUCCAAGGACUGGAAGGUGGCCAGUGUAACCAUUUUGAAGAAGGAUCCAGGGAAAGGAUGAAGGGAAUUGCAGCUUAACCCUGCAGCUUGACUUUGAGGCAGGUUUGCUACUGAGGUGCAUGAUGAGAGUAGGGCCAGGAGUUGUCCCAUUCGUGACAUUCCAGAAGCCAGAUACAUUUGGUGUCUGUGCACGCAGUAAACCUAGCUUUCCCAAAAGAUCAGCCACACACUGUCAAGGGAGUUUCUUGCUUCCUGCUCACAUGUACUUGAAGGGUGUGAGCUGGAAGACAUGCCUGCUCUUCUUAAAAGUGGGAUAACUGAGAGAUGAUAUUCAUGGAAAAUCCCAUCUGCUUUGACUUGAGGAUUGGAAAGAGAUGGAAACAGGAUGUUCAGUAAAGCAAUUUUGACGGGAAAUAAACUUUCCCCCUUCCAGACUCCAGCUGAGAUGGUAAGAAUUUUUCCUUUCAAGGGAAUAGAUAAUGUUCUUAAAAACCGAGCCUAUUAUGAAAACUUUAUAUUACUGCAAAAAUAGUUGCCCUGUCCACUUAGUUGUCCUAUCCCAGUUGGAUCACUAUUUGGGAAAUGCAUAUGUUGUGCCAAAACUUAGGGGCGUGGGCUUUGAAUGCUGAGGAAUACCAGGGAUUGUGUUAACGUAGCUAGCCAUGUUAUUUAUUUAUUUAUUUAUUUAGUCAGUCAGUCACUUUAUUUUUAUCUUUAUUUAUUACAUGUCUAAACCACCCUUCAGCUGAGGAUCACAGGGGGAUUUACAAUAUAAAAAACAUAAAAAUACAUAACAUAUUAAGAAACAAUUAAAAAAUCAAAGGCUGGGAUAAGAGGAAUGUUUUUUCCUGGUGCCUAGAGAUAUGUAACAAAGGCACCACAUAAGCAACCUUGGGGAGAGCAUUUCACAAAUGGGGAGCCACUGCAGAAAAGGCCCUCUCAUGGAGGCUCUUGAAGAAGGGCAGGGUCUAGGGCAGAAUCAGCCAUAUGUACAAAGCAUUGCAGUAAUCCAGCCUAGAGGUUACCAGAGCAUAGACAACAGAAGUUAGGCUAUUCCUGUCCAGAUAGGGGUGCAGCUGGACCACUAGCUGAAGCUGAUUCAAGGCACUCUGGGCCACUGAGGCCAAAUGAGCCUCAAGUGACCGCAAGGAAUCCAGAAGUUUCCCCAAGCUACAUCCUGCUCCUUCAGAGGGAGUGAACCCCUCUCAAGAGGAGGCAUCCUCCCAUACGCCCGGUCUUGGGAACUGUCCACUAAGAGUGCUUCAGUCUUACUUGGAUUGAGCUUCAGUUCAUUGGCCCUCAUCCAGUCCAUUACUGAGGUAAGACCACAGUCUAGCACAUCCACUGCUACAUCUGCAGGUGUAAAGGAGUAGAGCUGAGUGUCAUCAACAUAUUGUUGACAAUGUACUCCAAAACUCUGGAUGACCCCACUCAGCGGUUUCAUGUAGAUGUUAGACAGCAUGGGGGAUAAAACCAAGCCCUGAGGAACCCCCCACUGAAGGCCCCAAAGGGCCGAAGCAUCACCCUCUGGACAUGUCCCUACAAGUAGGACCGGAAACACCGUAAAGGGGUGCCACCCACCCAUAACUUGGACCUCCGCUCCAUGUGCAAUGGUACUGAAGGUCACUGAGAGGUCAGGGAGAAUUAGCAAGGACACAACUCCCCAUCCCCACCCUCAAGUCCGCCCUGAUUCUGUGCUGAGUACCCCUGCUGGGCGAGACCAAAGCCCCUUUCUCACCCACCCAGGCGUCCGUGAUACGUUUGUUGCACAAAUGGCAUUCUUAGAAGGGUGUUGUGGAUUGAGAUUGGUGCUGGGUCACGGCUGAGACAAGAGUCUUAAAUAUGUAGAGCCCAAGCUGGUUGCUUGACAAUUCAUUUUGUGUGUGUUUUUAAAGAUGCCUCUUUUCUGUCUUUUACAGUUCCCCUCAUCCUCAAAUACCACACUUGACUUGCUGGUGGAUGUUGUGGUGGCUUCAGGAUGACAGCAUAGGAGGCAGCUGCGUGACUUCUGUGGAACAUAAUAUGUAUAUAGCUUUGAGGUGUGUCCCCCCUUCUCCCUUGGAGGCACCAGACUAGCUCCAGAAAGAGCAUUCAGAGGAUCCAGCAAAUCAUCCUUUUCAGCCAAGAACUCAUUCUAGUGUCAAUAUCUAAUCCAAACCCCCCAUUGUUGCUCCCUGGAAGGAAGCUCAGUUUGGAGUCAGAUAUUUAUUGCUAACUGGUAAUGAUGUUAUUUAUAAUUUACAGAAUUUCUUAUUACUUCUGACAGAGGACAAUGGAGGAAGAAUAAGGGAGGGAUGCAGUGUAUAAACUCUAUAUCAUUGUUUAGAGACAUAUUUAGAUGAAUAACUGUGAAGAUGCCACUUUCUCAUAUUUAAAAAACCACGAUUUUGCAAGGAGACUUUCUGUACUUGUUAAGGGACCCAGAAGCUCCAUGUUCUCGCUGUUGCUUAUGGAUGUGACAUAAAAGCAUUCCAGUAAAAAAACUAUUUUUAACUGUAACUAUGUAGCUCCUAGUAAAUUAUUGAAGAAAAGGAAACACUGUUUACUUGAAUGAAGACACACAAAAGAAAAGGAGACACCUUUUGGUCUGUGCAAGUGCAACCCAAACCAUGCAUGUGUUUUGCUGCCAAAUAAUUAAGAGUAAGCAAGUUUACAUGCCUCCUUUUAAAAAAAGGGGUCAGGCUGUUUACGUUUCAACCAUUUUUAGAAAAAAAAAUAGUCUCCUACCUAUACCUUAGUUAGUAUACUUGGCUAGUCAGAUGCAAGUAAGUUCAGGUUAAGAAUAUGUGAGGAGGUUCACAUUUAAACUUCAUUCACCCUACAUCUGGUCUGACUUUUUACCAAAACGUGAGGAGCAGCUUUGAGACUUCCAGGGACUUCAAGUUUUUCUUUUCGUUUUAGGCACAGGACAACUGCACCAAAAUGACUACAUAAAGACAGGUUAUAAAUUAUGUUACUAUAACAUAAUAAGUGUCUGUUCACAUCUACUCCUCUGGGUAUUUAUUUAUUUAUUUAUUUAUUUAUUUGAAUAGAUAUAGAUACAGAUACAGAUAUAGAUAAUAUAGAUGCACAUACACACGCACACUACUUAAUUAUAAAAUGCACCCACACCCAUCCUACCUGGUACUAUUAGGACCUCCCUGCCAAUGAUGCAGGUGCAAGGCAGUGGGGAGCAGUAGCAAGAUGUGGCGCUGGCGCUGUGUGUGUCACACCACAGACUAGCCUGCUGCCCUCAGGUGCCCUGGUAUGUUCAAUGUUUCCAGACCCAGAAUCCACUUUUAACCCAAACAUGCAUUUGAGGACCCAUUUCUUAAUCUCUUGCCAUGUAUUUGCAUGGGGGUGGUACUCCUGUUGUGGCCCCCCUUGGGUCAGGCUUCAGCCCACCAGAUGCAAGAUCAGGGCAGCAGAUGAUGAUACAUUGCCAAUGUUAGUCAGAGUCAUCAGUUAGUGCAGGAGCAAAAAGGGAGGGAUACCAUUGCCUAGGACAGUGCAGCUUAGGUUUAACUAAGGUCAGACUAAGCAGGGCUUCUGGCUUUAAGACAGGUGAGGUAUGGAGAUUGAGCUUUUUGUUCAGUCUGCAGCCUUUUUGCAACAAUGCACUUAUACAACAUUUUAAAUUACUAGCUUGAAUUCCAGGGGACUGAAUACCCAUGAAAUAAAGCAGGGUGAAGAAAAGAAUCAUGCCUUCUCUUUGAGGAACUACUUGAGACUGGUUCUUUAUGUGGUGACACUUCUUUUCAAUAUUAUUUGCAUUUCUAGGCAAAAGCUACAGAUUGCAUUUUAGCUGGCUGAAGAAGAGCCUUUGUUAAACAAAUGUUUGCUACAAGUUGAGUCUGUGCAUGCCUAUGCAGCCUAAGCACAGAACUAAGCACAACUAAGUUCAGUAACGCCUUUUUCCAAGUAAGCGUGCAUGGAACUUCAGUUUUAAAAACAAUUGGUGUUAAAAUAUUUUUAUAUUUUUUACAGUUUUUCGCCAAAAGAAAUUAGGCUAAGGAAUCGUUUUACCUUUUGAUUUUUGUAUCUUGCGGGCUGCUGUGCAAAAAUGAGCUGUCACAGGGGCUUCUACACUACCUAGAGAUUCGCAGUUUUGUGAAAAUUCUCUGGGAGAGCUUUUGUUAUAUUUAUUAGUUGCUUUUCCACAAAGGUGAACUUCAAGCAGCUUUAGAAACAAGCAUUGGGAACAAGUGUAGAAACAAGAAUGAAAGCAAUGAUAAUAUGUACAAAAGAGCAGGUCCAGCUCAGCCCACUCCACAAAAAAUUAGCAGAAAAAUAAAGCCCCAAAGCCUGGUUUUUGCCUGACAUUAAAAACAGUGAUGUUGCCAGGCAUGUUUACCUGGAGAGAGCAUUCUCGAAAUGGGGAGUCACCACUGAAAAGGCCUGUUCCCAUGUGACCACCUUCUUGCCUUUCCUGGCAGAGAGGUUAGUAUUGCAAACUGUUUAAGGGGAAGGAGUACAAAUCUCAGGACCUGGGUGGCAGCCUAUUUUCUGCUUGACUUAAGAGCAUUAGCCGUUUGGUCCGCCCUCCGAUGCCAUUCACCAGGCCCCACACCAAGGCACCUGCACGUGGGGCUGAGCUCCAGGAAAGCUGCCAACUCAAGCUGGGACAGUUGUACAAAAGGUGGAGCAUUGUUUCCACUGGCCUUUGAAACACUUGUUGUUGAGUGGUAAUUUGUACUUGCAGUCUUAAAAGAAGAAGAAAUAAAACCACCCAUUUUGGCGUAAGUAGUACAGUCUCCAGGCAGCACAGCAUGACCCAGUUCUGGCUUUCUACUGAGAAAAAAAAUCUGGUUUAAGUGGAAUUAACUUCCAAGUACAACUGUAACUUGAGGACUUUGUCACCUUUCUGCUUUUUAAAAUUGAAAUUCUGAAGCCAAAUGUGCAAAUAAUUUCACUAUGAAGAGGAAACAGUAAUUAGUAGUGGAGUGUUUCAAAUCCUUCCUAUUGUGCAUAUAAUAUUGUGUAUAUUAUUGUGCAUAUUGUGCAUAGGGAAUCAGGCAACAGUCUGUUUUCCCAAGUACAGUACAGAUGAACAGAAGUUAGAAAAAGAAGAGAAGGCACAUCGAUCCUCUUUGUGGGUUUCUAUAGCUGAAAUUUGUUCUCUAUACUAAAUCCUAGAAAAUAAAUAUUGCCCCUGUAUUUUGCAGGCAAUAAGUAUAGAGAGAUUAACACGCCUGCAAAUAACAAUAAUGCAAAAUGUUGUUUAUGUAAUUAUUUAUUUUUGGAGCUGGUUUUACAUUCUGAAUUUGUCUUCUGUCAAUGAGCUAUACUUUCAGUUAUACUAAGAACUGAUGUAACAAAGUUGUUUUAAAAAUGUGAAGCUGUUCACACUCUCCACACCGCAUAAUAAUAUAAUUUUAUCAGCUGGUGUGGGGUGACUUCAGCCCUGCUUUCUGCAGGGACUGGCUGUGUGGUCAAGUUCUCCAUGGGGAAGUUGGUUGCACAGCCCAUUCAGCUGCUUCUCCACUGUCCCCACACUUGAUGCCACCUGUUAUGUCAGGUGUAGGGCAGGUUUGGGGAAAACAGCCUUGUGGGCCAAGAUAGGAUGGGCCUGGCUAAAUGUGGCCUAGGACUGAAAGUUCCCCACUACUACUCUAAACCCCUCAUAGAUUGUUCCCUCUAAAUGUAAAAGCCUUUGGUUCUUUACUUUUUCCUCUUUGGGAAAGAGUGGCAUAUUCGUAUUGCAAUCCAGUCCGUGGCCUGUUGACACUCCCUCCAUGGGAGCAUAUCAGUCUGAAUAGUGUCCAGUAUUGUUCACUCUGGCUGGCAGAAGCCCUCCAAGGUCUCCAGACACGGGUCUUUCCCAGCCUUCCUUCCGGGGCCUCCAGGGAUUGAGCCUGGAUCUUCCUACCUGCUCCAUGCAUGAGCUUGGCCACUGAGCCACGGCCAUUGCUUUGCCUUGGACAAGUGCUGUGUGGCAGAUUAUAUCCCCAGUAAAGGACUGGUGUGAAAACAGCCAAGUCCUGUCCAUUUCUGAAAGGGAAAGAGAGAAAUAAUAAAUGAUUAUUCUGUGCACUGCUGUAAUUUGUAUAAUUUGGUAUUCUUGUGAUCAGAAUACUGAGUAGCAAAAAGAUAACAGUGAAACGCUGCUAAAGAUACAAUCAUAUAUAUAUGGCAGAUUGUGAGUGUGUAUGAGUGAGUGAGAGAAAGAGAAUGAGAAGCUUUUCAUUUAUUGGAUGUCAUUCCUGGAAGUGUCUGGUUUCUGCUACUGAUUUUAGCAAAUGGGGACUUGCAGGUUUGGCUAUAAAUUAACAAUAAACUUUCUGUGAUACCAUUUACUGAUGUGACGUGAGUGUGGCAAGAACUUUAAUUUUUUGUGGAUAAUCUUGAAAACAUUGGUGCAUCACGUAUGGAGUGUGUUGUGUAG